AUGGGCAGGAUCACCUUCUACGAGGACAGGAACUUUGGGGGUCGCUCCUAUGACUGCAGCAGCGACUGCAGUGACCUCAGUUCCUACUUGAGCCACUGUUACUCCUGCAGAGUGCAUAGCGGCUGCUUCAUGCUCUAUGACCGCCCAAACUACAUGGGGAACCAGUACUUUGUGAAGAGGGGCGAGUAUCCCGACUGCAUGAGCAUGGGCAUGAGUGACUGGUUCAGAUCCUGCCGCAUGAUCCCCAUGUACAGAGGAUCGUACAGGAUGAGGAUCCUGUAUGACAGGGAGAACUUUGGCGGUCAGAUGAUGGAGAUGACGGAUGACUGCGACUCCUUCAUGGAUCGUUACCGCUGGUCCAACUGCAUGUCCUGCCACGCGAUGGACGGCCACUGGCUCAUGUAUGAGCAGCCCCACUACAGGGGCAGGAUGAGGUACUUCUGGCCUGGGGAGUACAGGAGCUUCGAUGGCAUGAAGUUCAUGUCCAUGAGGCGCAUCAUGGAUUCCUGGUAUUAAGAAAUAUAUGUAGAUAUGACAUUAAUUAAGCUGUAUUCAUUGUAGCGCUGCAAGAAAUUGAAUAAAUGAAAUAUUUAAAUUUGA